AUGUCCUUUUUGCUCCGCCUAUUCAAACAGUCCAAAGAGGAGGACUACGAAACCAUCCUUUCCACUCUUUCACGCGACGUUCAAUCUCGCCAGCAAAAGCUUGCCGAUAUCCGUUUACGAGAACGCCGCUUGACCCUUUGGUCGACUCUUUAUACCGCCGCAGCGUAUGUCGUCUACGUUUGCCUGUGGUAUUUCCAGGCCCUUAUGCUCCCGCGCGGAGUAGCUCUGGCACCAGCCAUUGUUGGACCAUUGAUAGUGCUGUUUAUCCGGCGGAUAGUUCAGCUUUGGUAUUCGCGAAAAGAGGCCCACGAAGAAAAGACGCUGCAACAUCUCCUCAAGCAGCAACGGACGAAGGUGGAAGAAAUCAAGAAGAAGACAAAUUACUAUUCCACGCGUGAUCUCCUCUCGAAGUACGAUGAAUCGAUGCCUCUGAACACGCCGCCGCCUCCCCAGGGCCUUCGCCAGAGACUCAUCCCUGCGCCGGGCCAGACGCCCAGAACACCCAAUAACGGCGGGCCUCAGGCUCUCGCCUCAACCUCAGGACCGAAUGGGAGAAAUCCUGGCCCUCCGGCGCUGAUCCACCCUGCCUUGAAUGCUCUCUCUCCGUCGCCGUUCCUCGCCACACCCACGCGCAAGCAGUGGUACGACAAACUCGCGGACGCCCUGCUUGGCGAAGACGACCAGGCGCCGCCCUCGCGACGCCCUCAUCUGCGAGAAGUGCUUCAAGCACAACGGACUCCUGCCCGAGGCGAUGUGGGAAGACGCCCGUGA